CGUUGUUGUCUCCCCUUAAAAUAUUCAUUAUUAUAUUUUUAAUCUCUGUAAUGAUUAUAUUGGAAGGCUAUUUUAUUGAAUUUCAUAAGAUUUUCAAGAAAUGAAGGAAUUUAUAAAGAAAAAGGCUGAGUGCUGAGUUCCGAGAACUGGGAUGUCUUACUGUACAUUCAGAGAAAAGCAUUACCAGAGACAGAUCUGUCUUAAAAUAUAUAAAGCCCGUGAAGCCAGAAAGUAUUGUGAUGUUACUUUGCAGUCUGGCGUUGUAAAAGUCACCGCACAUAAACUUAUUCUGACAUCUUUUUCAGAUUUUUUUGAGACACUGUUUCAAGGUAAUUCAUUACAGGAACUUUUUAUAAUAAGUGAUAUUUCUCCUGAAAUACUAGAAACUAUCGUACAAUUUGCGUACAGUGGGGAAAUAAAGAUAACAGUGCACAAUGUAAUGGAAUUAUAUGAAGCUGCCGUUCUUCUGAAAGCAGAUGGUCUGAAAAAGGUAGCAGUUAAUUUCAUGAAAAGGCAUGUGCAUGUUGAUUUUGACAACCUUGUCAAAAUGUCAACCUUUGCAUGCACAUUGAGUUUACUGCAACAACAGAAAGCAGUAUGCUCAUUUAUUACGAAGAAUUUUGAAGAUGUUAAAAAGAAAGGACUUUUGAAUUCGCUUUCAGUAGAUCAUUUGGAAACAUUGCUGUCAAACACAAACUUCUCGGUUUUGAUAUUUGAUAUUCCCGCCGAAAACAUAGAACUGGAGUUGCUGAAGGUUGUACUAGAAUACAUCUCAAACAAAGGUGGUGAUCAAAUCGAAAAACUUAACGUAGAUUCACUUUUAUGGACUAUCAAAUUUUCGGAAAUUCCGUUCCACGACUUAGUUGAAACAUUAGAAAAUUACCCUUCUGUAUAUGACAGUGAUGCUAUAAGAAAUAUUCUACUUUAUAUACAAUACCCUAGAAACCAAUCGAUAGAUCAACUAUUGCCAAAGAAGUGGUCUGAGGUCAGGAAAUUUUCAGGGUACUGUAGAAAUAUGGAAUACCAUUAUGAUUAUCAUGGACAUAAUUGGACAAGGGAUGUUGAAUUUGUGGAUGACCGUGCUUCAGAAAUCAGAAUGUUUGUCUCAAAAUGUCUUUGCAGUACAUUGGAGAAAAAGAAAGCUAGAACAAGGAUCAAUAGAAUUGUAGUUACUUGCAGAAGUGGUAAAGAACUGAGCGUCAUACACGAAGACAGCAAGGAAAAGAUAUGCAACAAGAAAUGUUCUGGUAUAGAACUAUCAGAGGAGAGAUUUGCAUUACAACAGAAUGAAGUUAUUGUUAAAGUUGAGAACUUUUACAAUACCACAGAAAUGGGUCUGAGGUUUACUUCUAACUAUGGCAAUGUAUUCGGCCCGUAUGGCUCGGAUUUUCCCAAAGAUACUGCUGGGAUAAAAACCAAUAAACCGGGAAGUGAGCGCGGAUAUUUUUACUCUUUCUGUGGAACUGUAUUGACAAAAACGUAUUACCCUAAUUGUCUCUGGGUAGGAGUUAACUUGCGAAGUCGGUCACCAUCACCAGAAGAAUCACAUUGCAGAGAUGAGCAUGACAGUUGGAGUAAUGAUAGUUAUGAAGAUCAUAGCUACAGUGACCAUGAUAGUAUAGACAAAUAUAUAAAUCUGGAAGAAGAGUUUUAUGAUUCUCCAGGGUACUACCAAGAAAGUGAUUAACACUCUGUUAGCCCCAAUCCAACUUAAACUUAUAAUUUAAAACAUAAUGCGAUAUUACUAAAAAGGCACAUACAAAUUAAUUUGUCCAAUCUGGGUUUCUUAAACGUUCUUCAAUAUACAUGUAGACAAUGUCAAUACGAAAACUCAUAAAAACAUAAAAUGGAUCAUCGAAAUCCGAGGAUAAAUCCGUGUACAAAGCUGAAUACAGAUGUAUGUCCAGAAUGGAUUCAUAUUUAUAUAUAUAUAUUUUUAUAUAUAUAUCUCGGACCGAAGCUGUGGAGGAAUAUUUGGCAAGUUGUGCAUUUCUUCUUAUCCUGAACUUUUUAUAAACUGAAGUAAUAACUGCCGACGAUGCUCGUUGGUGAAUUUUAUUUUCAGUACCUCUCGUACAAAUAUUCGUUCUGAACGUGCAUGAAAUAUUUGCCACUGAACUUUAGGCAACCAACAAGCAUACAAUCAAUCUUGCAUAAAAUUCGUUAAUGUGUUAACAAUAAAAGUAAUGACAUCAUCAA